CCGAGCAGUAAGGGGGCCGGAAGUUCCCAGCAUUUCUGCUGAAAGCUGCAGCUUUCGUGGGAGAAGGGAGAAUGGCAGGACAAGACAAUACUCUCCAUACAGAAAUCACAGGGCGCUUCUUCUCUGCAGUGAGUUUGAAGGCGGAUUACAGGGAGGGCAUCUGAAGUAACAUUCAAGACUGCCAACGCUCAAAUGUUCAGCUGGAACCGGUGGUGAGUGCUGACUGGGUGGAGAUCCUGGAGCCACGCUCCCGUGAGCGUAUGUAUGUGAACUUGACCAGCGGGGAGUGCGGCUGGGAAGUCCCGUCAGGUGUUCCUGUCCGGCAGGCAGACGGUAACCAGUGGUGGGAGCUGUUCGACCACCACAGUGGCCGCUUCUACUAUUAUAACUCCACCGGACGGCGCACAGUCUGGCAUCGACCCCAGGGUGCUGAUAUAGUGCCGCUCUCCCAGCUCCAGGCCAUGAGGCGGUGCAGCGAGGCCAAGCGGGCCGGAGGCAGCGUGGACAAGAACCUCCAUGGAACCACGGGGAGCAUCAGCAGCGUGGAGAGGAACCACCAUGGAACCACGGGGAGCAUCAGCAGCGUGGAGAGGAACCACCAUGGAACCACAGGGAGCAUCAGCAGCGUGGACAGGAACCACCAUGGAACCACAGGGAGCAUCAGCAGCGUGGACAGGAACCACCAUGGAACCACGGGGAGCAUCAGCAGCGUAGGGAGCCAGGGCCGCUUCACCCCUCUACCGGAGCAGGACGGAGACAGCCCUGUCCCCAGAGCUUCGGACACCAAAGAGGAGGCCGACACCCCUGAGCUGGACCCGGCUGAGGACACGAGACAUCAGGGAGACGGAAGCAGCAGCGAAAACAGCACAGACGCCAGCAAAGACCCUCAGAGGUAAGCCUGACCCAACG